AUGCCGCUAUCGCCCCAAAUGCCCAUACACCUCCAAUCAACUCCUCUGCGAUACACAAUUUUAGAUGGAUUCUUUGUCCAAAGCCGCCCUGAUACGAACGACUCGUCCUUUCCCUUAGUUCCACCCCAUCUGGGACUGAUUGAUACCGAACAGGGCCGUUGGGAGAGGUUUGUUGAGAAACUCGAACGCGUUCAAGAAGAGAUUGGAGACAAGGGCGUUGUCAAGGUUCUGUUGUUACAGAGGCAUGGACAGGGAAUCCACAAUGCCGCUGAAGAAAAAUACGGAAAAAUCGCAUGGGACGACUACUAUUCCCGCCUUCCAGAGUAUUUUGACGCCCCUCUGACACCAUUAGGUAUUUCCCAACUCCACGGCAACACUGAUCUCAUCAAGGGUGAACUUGGCGAUGGGUUACCCCUUCCAUCCCUUAUUCUCUCGUCCCCGCUCUCAAGGUGUUUGAAUACCACGCGACUUAUUUGGGGGAGUUUGGUAGAGGGGUAUCAUCCGCGGGUGUUGGAAGAUCUUCGGGAAUCGUAUGGAGAGCAUACGUGUGAUAAACGGCGGAGUCGGACCGAGUUGGAGGGUUUAUGGCCGGAAUUUGAUUUCAGUGGGUUGGUGAGUGAUGAGGAUACCUUGUGGAAGCCGGAUGAGAGGGAAGAGGAUCAACAUGUGGAUGAGCGAGUUCAAAGGGUUUUCGAUGGGAUUUUUAUGGAUAGGGAACAUUUGUUUGUUGGAAUUGUGUGUCAUGGUGGGAUUAUUGAGGCGAGUUUGAGGGUGACGGGACAUCGAGCGUUUAGUGUCCGUCCUGGAGGAUUGAUACCGAUUGUUGUCGUUGGAUGGAGGGAGGCAACAAGGUGCCGAGUUUAG